ACUGCAAAAACAAUAUGACGCCUCUCCUUCUCUCACUUCACAAAAUCCUCAUUUCUCCUUCUCUCUCCAUCUCCACGAAAAAUGGUCCUAAACAGCGUGAUACGCAGAGCUUCGAGAGUCGUACCUUUGGCCAUUAGGGCUUCCGCCGGAAGUCAGAGGUACCUGCACAACCACCAUCAUGGCGCAGCCGUUCGCGCCGCCGUCAAUCAAACUUCACGCAAUUUCUUUCCGAGGGUAUUUCACCACUACUCCACCAAGCCCAAAUCGGACGAGUUGCUCCUCCGAGUUCUCAAGUCCGAGAUUAUCGAGACUCAGACUGAAGAAGAGAUCGAGAUUCCCGAAUCCUUCCCCUUCCACAUCAUAGACGUUCCUUGUCCUAAAGAGACUAUAACACUGGUCAGAGAAUAUAAUAGAGAAAACAUCAGUGUUGAAGUCCAAAUACCUGAUGUCGGAAUACCUGAUGAGGAUGAUCGACAGAUAACACAAUAUUGUUUGCCGAUGCUCAUUAAAGUCUCCAAGCCUAAUUCACCGAGCUUAGAGUUUUCUUGCGGUGCUUAUUUUGAUGGGACUACUAUUGAUAGCAUGAGCAUCAAAGACCCCGAGGUCUCUGAGGAUCAAAUAGCAUAUGAAGGACCUGAUUUUGGGGAUUUGGAUGAGAAUCUGCAGAAAGCCUUCCACAAGUAUCUUGAAAUCAGAGGAAUCACACCUACCGUGACAGCUCUCUUGUGCAACCACAUCAACUUAGAUCAAGACUGUGUAGAGCGUUGGGUUAAGGAAGACCUUCAUCUCAUGUUUGAUCCCGAGCCAAUUGAUGUAGAAGAUGUCUGUCUCUCGCCAUCAGGUAUCACUUUUUAUGGAAAUGAACAUAUCUACUAA